AUGGCAUUUCGUGGCACCGAGAGUCCCAUGGACUUUGAAUGGCAAGGUCAUGGUCCAGUUGAUCCCUCAUCCCCAUUCCAUAAACACAUCAUGGAGGCUCAAGCGAAGAAGCGUAUGGCAUCCCUUCGCCUUCCGCGCAAUCCUGCAAGCAUGCUAAACGAUUCAGGAACACACAAGGAAUUCGACUCUCCCAAAAAGACAAACUUCCCAUCUCUCCGCGAACCGAACAAUCAGCCAUUUUUCUUUUCAAAUACUCCAGCAUCACCACCUCCUUCAUCACCAUUCCGCGCCCCAUCAUUCACCACUCCACGGAAGGCAUUCGAUAUAGACUUCUCUUCUGGACCAGAGAAUUCAUCGCCACUUGCCCCUACAGAUAACGAAGAAACCCCAGAUGCCAAGCCAAUUCCAAUUGAAUUUAAAAGCAGUCCCACCAAAACCGAGAACAAGCGCAACUCGCUCUUUGGCUUCUACGGAAGGUUUGCUCCUAGUCCAGGAAGAGGCGAGAUACGAAAGCCACAUAGCGAUGCAAUCGUACGGAGAAUACACAAGAAACGUCGGCGCGCACAGCAAUUCGACAAGCAAUUGAUAAUUGGGAAACGAGAUAAUACAGAAGACGACAGUGACGAUGAACAAACACCCAGUCCAACGGAAUCUAAACAACCUCCAAUCCAAGAAGUUGGCUGGAUUACUGGCCUGUUCACAUUUAUCCACACAUACCCUGAUGCGCCGUCCAUCAUCGCCAAAUAUCUGCAAGUCUUCUUCAAUGCUGCCAUCCUCGGUGGCUGCCUUUACAUGUUCUGGUCGUUCUACGCUACAAUACGCGCCGAUGUUGAUCGUGCCAGUGAUGAUGCCAUGGCAGAAGUACUUGCUGAGAUGGCAGCGUGCUCGAAGAACUACGUUGACAACCGAUGCGGCGCCGAUACGAGACUUCCAGCUCUGGAAUCUGUCUGCAACAACUGGGAACUCUGCAUGAACCGCGACCCUAGUGCAGUGAAGCGGGCGAGACUCAGUGCUCAUACGUUCGCCGAGAUUUUCAACAGUUUCGUUGAACCGAUCAGUCUUAAAACCAUGAUUUUUACAAUCACCCUCGUUGUCGUUGGUCUCAUUGUCAACAACGCGACAUUCACACUCUACCGUCGCCAACAAGAACACUACUACGGCAACCCUGCAUUCCGACCGCCAUCGGCAUCCUACAUGCAGUCUCCCAAUCACCAAGCAGGGUUUGGUGCCAUUUCACAAGGCCCUCCGUAUGGACAACAGCCAUAUAUGGGAUGGCACGGUGGCGAUGGUAGCCAGCAGCAGCAGAUUGAGUACCAACGGAGCCCGAGUAAGGAAUAUCGUUCAAGGAGUCGAAGUCCCGAGAAGAAGAGGGUUCAUUCAUGA